UCUUCAUCUCCCAUUACGAUACAGACCAGAGAUAAUAAAGAAACAACAUACAAAAACUGUCCAUGUUUCACAGCAAGCCACACCAACAACGCCACCACCAUGCCCACCGUCACAACAACAAUUUUCACCAUUCCCAAGACAUCAUCCAUCACGACCCAUUUGCUUCCCUGUUCGACAACCGAAUCAAUAUCAUGAUGACACCGCCUCCGCCGCCGGGGGGUCUUUUCGCAAGCCACGAAUUGGCCGCCGCGAAUCCUCUGGGGGCGGCCAAUACCAGAAUGGACUGGCACGAGACACCGCACGCACACGUGUUGAAAGCCCAUCUGCCCGGGUUCAGGAAGGACGAAGUGCGGCUGGAGGUGGAAGAGGAAGAAGAAGGUCACGGCCACGCGCUCCGCCUCACCUGCGAGAAGAAGGUUGAGACGGAGGAGAAGGCGGAUGGUUGGUACCGCGUGGCGCGUAGCAGCGGCCGGGUUCUUCAGCGUCUCACGCUGCCGGAGAAUUCCGAUCCCCACCACAUGGCUGCUGCGAUGGAGAAUGGGGUGCUUACCCUCACCAUUCCCAAGAAGCAACUCCAGCCUUAUUAUUGACACCUCCCUCUAAUCGUGUUCGUGUGUGUGCCAGCAUACAUAACCAGUGAUCAGCUCCUUGUUCUUACUUUAAUUAAAUAAAUAAGCCGGAGUAUUAAGCAUCUUUAUUUCAAGAAACUGGAUUUCAUUUCAUUGUUACGAAAUAAAAUUUGUGAUUAGCGAUAACAAAGAAAUGUCGGGUUCCUUAGCUUGAACAAGAAAAAAGAUGGAGAGGUGACAGACAGACAGAAAGGUGCCUCUUCCCUCUUGGUCUCUGCAACUAUAACAAAAUCAAAAUUUGCAC